AAAAUGGUUUUGGAGUUAGAAAAUGGUAACAAAGAAAUAAUUUUAAGUUAGGUUAGGUUUGCUUAGCUUUUUUUAUUGUCAUCUGAGAAUAAUGAUACGAAGUUAAGAAGAAGUUCGAAAAUUUAAAUAUCGGCGGGUACAGAAUCUUAAAUUUUGAAAGAUCAUAUAGAGGAUGUAGAGGCAUAAGAAAAAGUAAAGGAAAAACUUUGAGAGACAGUAAAUCGCAUUCAAAUCAAUUAUUCAAUUUGAUUUUGUAUCAUUUUCUGUCGUUAUUGCAUUGAACUAGAGCUUGGUAGCUGCUUCUUACGUUCGGUAAAAUUUAUUUUGGUAGUAGAAGUGUAACGUAUUUUACAUGUAUAAAAAUCCUAUUUUUUACAUACCGAAAUCCAAAUUCUGGACUAGUUUUAUUAAAGAGAACGGGUUUGUGCACAUUUUCGGUUGCUCGACUGUAAUUCCAUGUGAAAAUGCAUCGGUAACGGUCUGUUACAGUUUGUUGAACGUGUUAGAAUAAUUUUUGUCAUUUCGAGCAAUUAGCGUUUGAACCUCAAUCCGGCAGAUGUCUUGACACUCAGUCACAUAGUCGAAUAGUCAAAACUUUGAAUCUCAGAAAGUAUGUACAAUAGUAAAAGAGGUAAUUACAAGUGUGUAUAUGCAAGUAUACAAUGAACAAUAGACAAAAUCACCGAACCUUAAUUUAUAUAUGACUAUAAAAAAGUUAAAAAUUUAAAGAAAGUGUAAAAAAGUAUUUUCCAAAAAUUUCAAACAAAAAAUAUUGCAACAGAAAUAAAAAUACAGAGUGUCAUUAAUAACAUCUAUUUAUUUCUGUAAAGUAAUAUACCGCAAUAACCUGUGAAAUUAGACAAAAUAAGAAAUUAUUCAAAGAAUACCGAUGUGUCCCAAGUUCAAAAUAUGAUAAGAUAACUACACGGAUGCUUAUCGGUAUUGGACAAUAAAAUUCCCACCGACUUUAUACCAGAAACAGUUACGAGUCUAUAUAUGUGAGUAAAACACGGUGCUCUGGUCAUUCAUCCGUGAGAAUCAUCUUGAAGAUGUUGCGCAAAGCGUCGAUGUACCUGCUGGUGGUAGGAUUGGCAUCUUCAGCAACGUUACCGGAAACAGUCUCCUACACGAAGAUAUCACGAAAUGGCGAAGAACCGAUUAAAGCAUCAAAUGGUCCAAUGUCAUGGGUAAUGAGUCUCCUCAAACCAAAAAAUGGCACCACCAGUACAGACAACGAAGGUCGAAGUGGACAGGAUAUCAGCAUAACAGUGUCACCAGUUUACGUACCACCCAAGACGCCUCAAUUGCAUAAUGGGGAGGCAGUUGAUUAUCCAUCUACGAAAAAGUACUCGACGUUGGACCUGGAAAUGGUAGCCAAAAUGAAUAGUUUGUCAGGCAAGACACGAGCUCAGGAGAGAUUUCAUCCCCCAGCUAUAUUCGAACACGACGUCGCACAUUCGAAUAGCCUAAAGCAUCAAGCGGAUUCGUCGGACUCAUCAGAUUCUUCGUCCUCGUCUUCGUCUUCGUAUUCAGAUUCAUCGGAUAACUCCGGUCCACCUAAUUUUGACAAUACACCUGUUUUCCCGGGUUCCUACGAUUACAAACCUCCGGAUUAUUUCGCAAUGAAACCAAUGUCGAAUCCACCACCUAGUUCCAUUGACAGUUACGCGCCACCGUCAGACACGAUUCCAAAGAUUCCAGAUUCCUAUGGACCGUCACUUGGUUCUUACACGCCGGAUUCCCAUGGACCACCGGACUACCAUGAUCAUCAUCCAGAUGAUCCAGAAUUCACGCAACAGGUGCAUUCCUCUAAUUUUGGUUCCCGUCCGAUUUACGGUGGCGAACUGCCACCGAAGCCCAUUGAAUAUGCAGGACAUUUUGAUCAUCCGAGUUUCGUCGACGAUCCCUAUAUACAUGAUCACGAUCAUGAUUAUCAUCAUGAUAUAAUAUAUGAUCAUAUACCGGAAGAUCAUACCACUAUGAAACCGGAAAUGAUGGAUCAGCGUUUAAACAGGAGGCCAUAUUCGUAUUAUUUUAUUGGCAAAAAAUUGUGGUAUAUUCCAUUGUAUUUUAGUAUUUAUUUUAUUAUUUAUAUUGCCGCUUUGGUUUUGAAAAGCGUUACCAGACACAAGAUCAAUUUUCCUGCCAAUUUCGCAGCAGCAGCUGCCGCUGCUCAUGCUGGUAGGAGCGUGAAGGACUCUGAUAGUCACAGCUGGUGGGACCUCAGUGGCAAAAUUUUAGAAGGAAUUGAAAGUGCCGCCAAAAAAUAUGAAAGGACUUCCUAGCUAUGGAAUAUCAAACGUGAACACUUUAUUUAAAAUUAUUUUUAUUCCUUUCGCGUCGUGCACUCUUGAUCGACAAUAUUGAUACGUCGAUUGAAUUAUCGAUCUUUUGUCGAAGACUUCGCCAGAUUUUCGAAAAGAUAAUCAAGCCAAUUUGCAUUGCUCAAGCAUUCUUUUUCAAAUAUUGGUAAUGAACUUGAAUAUUAAGUGAGACCAUUUUUUAACAAAUUGGCUAGAAUUUAUCUUGAGUUUUGGUAUUCAAAGGGAAUUUGAUCGAAAAUGUUUUUAAUCGAAUUUAGAUAUUUUUUUAUGAUGAUCAGGCAACUAAUCGUUUUUGAAGUAUUAUUUGCCUUUUCACCAAUUACGCCAUACACUGUAUAAGUAAAAAAAAUUCCUUAUAGGAUUAAUCGAAUUAAGCGAAUUUACUUGAAACUGUUUGUAUAUAACGAUGUAUAAUAACGUCUUGAGUGAAAUUGAGUGAAAUUUCAAUUUCCAUUUCAACUGUAUUUGUACAAAUUAAUAUCAUGCUACUUAUUAGUGUGCAAAUUAGAUAUAUCAUAAAUGAAAAAGAAACUAUUGUAAAAUACCAUAAUUUGACAUUCUCUCAAUAAUAAUGAAUAAGAAAUAUCAUAAACCGAUUACGUCACUAAUAUUGAUUUCGUUACCCAUAUAAAUUCUGCGAAUAUAUCAUGUAUAACACUGCUUACAGUAAUAUCAAAAUAAUUAUUAAAAAUACAAUCCAAUUUAUUAAAUGAGUCUACGCUCUUUUCAAAAUUUUAAAUUUACCGCCUUCU